CGAAAGCAUAAAAACAUACAAAAAUAUAAACGUAGAAAUCACAACUCUAUAAAAAAAUAUUAUAAUUUAAAUAUUCAGUUUCGUUUCGUUUAGUUUAGUUUUAAAUUUAAUGUGCAUAUAAUUUAAGUAUUUUUGUUAAUCUGCACCGGACUGCCAUCAGUGCUAUCAGUACUACCUCGAGUCUCACCAUGUUCCAGAUGUUCGACAUUAAUGUUCUUAAUAGAAGACUCUUUCGCAUUCUGCGUCGAUUGAUUUCCGGUCGUGACGAUUUCGGACCGUAUUCGAUAUGGAACUUUUGUCCGAUGAAUCGCUGGAAUCAGGCCAGGGCUCUAGUAUUUUCCUGUAGCCCGUGCCGAUCCGAAUGGUUUCCGUAUCUAUUCUGGACAGUGGUGGUUAGUAGCUUCAUUGGUUGCAUCAUCAGUUUGUGGGAGCUUCGUCGGGUGUGGAAGUGUCCGUGUCAAAAGUUGAAUAUGUGGCGCAAUCGGCACUUUUAUAUCAUAAAUCAUCGUCUUCUACGCCAGGCUAGAGUUUGUGGCUCUGGAAUUUCUAGUUUCUUAUGGUUUCUACUUAUCCUGGGCAUAACAUUGAUCACACCCCUUUUUAUGUGGCCAUGGAUUUUUAUGACCACCAUUGUUUUGAGCGUUGAAUGGUUUAUUUGGGGCUUUGAGAUCCUGACUGGUCGUCAGAACAUUGAAUUUCAUACUCUGAUCUCUCUGACGCUGCCGGUCUUUAAUCUUGGAAUGGUUCUAUGCGUGAAACGUGUCUUCGAUGCUGCUGUUUCGGAUGAUUCCGACUUCUCACUUCGUAUAUUUUAAGACAAAAGAAAAAUAAUCCCAAAACCGAUCCAAAAGACCGAUCUGAUCCGCUGCCGAAUGUCAUCAUUAAACAAAAGGUGCAGGACCAGCAUAAUUGUAUCUCAACCUGCAUUAAGUUCAAUUAACUUGCCGGCAACAUCACGCACACACCAAAAACAAAAUAAAUACUUAAAAAA